GACGUUCUAGUAUAUUCUGUGGAUGCUCUUGGCGUGUGUUGUGUUUGUAAAGAUUAUUUAUUUUCCAAAAUAUAGCGUUAAUUUCUUGAAACAAAAUAUUGACUGUUAGUUAAAUACAAUGGAUAAAAGAGAACGUCGUUCUAAUGCGGGCAAUUUGCUUGCAAAAGUGCUGGAUGAGGAAGAGGAGGAUGAAUUUUACGCGACAACUUACGGCGGUUUCCAAGAGACGGAGGAAGACGUUGAUUACAAGCAAGAGAAAGAAGUAGAUGAUGAAGUGGACUCAGAUUUUAGUAUUGAUGAAAAUGAUGAACCAAAGUCUGAUGAUGAGGCAGAGGAAAAACGGACAAGGAAAAGUGGCACUAAAGUCUAUAAGGAUCCAAACAGAAGGAAAAAAGCUGGUGCAGUAGCGGGUCCAUCUCUUGGUGAAAAAGUGAAAAAAGCUAAUGAGAGGAAAGCACCUAAACCCAAACCGGAGAAGCCAGAAAAGACUGAAAAACCUGAAAAGCCUGAAAGAUCUGAAAGGGCUGAACGUGCACUUGCCGGUGAUUCUUCAAUAGAACGCAAAUCAAUAAGGCAGAGUACAGCAGUGAAAUCAGCGGAAACACUACAGAGAAUUAAGAUCAGGUCUGCAUUGAAGAAAAAGAAGCCUAAAAAGGUUGAAGACAGGAUGCCCACACAGGAAGAACUGCUGGAGGAAGCUCUGAUUACUGAGAAGGAGAAUCUUAAGAGCUUGGAGAAAUUUGAACAAAUUGAAUUGGAGAGGAAAAAGAUACGACCCACAAAGAAGACUAUUACAGGACCUACGAUAAGAUAUCAUUCAUUUGCCGUUCCUUUGAUUGAAGAAAUACCGCCAGCGGAAGAUAAGUCCAGUCUACUAGGAGACCUGAACCUAAGCGAUAUCAUCAAACACGAAGAGGGUAUCCUAGAGGGUCAGGAAGUUAAGACUGAAGAACUAGACCAGCCCGCUGAACCGGCGGAACCUGUCACCAAGAUGGAUGUGGACUUCGUAGGACCUGACGAAGAAGUCAACAUUGAGAAAGUACCUAAAGAAGAAAAAUCACAGAAGAAGAAGGAACCAGAAAACAUGAAGUACUACGAGCGCACUCUGCUGUCAUUUGAAAACGACAUCAAGGACAAAGCAUUUAGGUCGUGUUUCCCAAAGCAGAAUGUAAAGAAACGAAGACAGUUGCUUUGUGCUGUUACUAAACGACCAGCCCGCUACAUCGAUCCUAUAACCAAGUUACCGUACAGAAGUGUAGACGCGUUCCGAAUCAUACGCGAAGCAUACUACCAACAGUUGGAGGCUCGAGGCGACAGGAACGACCCACAAAUAGCUGCCUGGCUACAAUGGAGGAGAGCCGACCAGGCCUCUACUUACGUACAGAUACAUAUUAAGUAGAUUAUUAUUAACUAAAUGUACACACAAGCAACAGACACCUUAGCAUCUCAUCCCCCAAUCUCCCUCUUCCCCCAAUCCCCUUCAUACCCCAAUCCCCCUCAUCCCCCAAUCCCCCUUAUCUCCCAAUCCCCCUCAUCCCCCAAACUUUCAAACCCUCAAUCUCUAAAAGGCCGUGGGCGGCGUAGAUUGCUUACCAUCAGGUGAUCCGUCGCCCUCGUAUCGCUUGUCGGCCUAUACCAUAAAAAACAUAGCCCAAGAUUUAUUCAAUGGAUUUCCAGCUUAAAAUAUUGUAUCAUUAUAGUCGAAAAUGUAAUUGCAAAAAUGUCAUAUGCCUUCUGUAUCCCAAUUACAAGCGAGGCGUACGAACAACACUUUUUAAUGUUGCCGGAUGAUUUUAAACAUGGCUAGUUCCCUUAUAUGAGUGAAAUAAUAAUUAGUAAAAUUAAUACAAACCCUUACUAUGCCUGUAUCGAACAACGCUGUAGUUUUAACAUUUAAUUUUAAGUUAAUUCAUAAUAGAGUAAAUUGAAAUAGAUAUAAAAAGUAAGUAUUGUAAAUAUUGCUUGUAAUUUUAUCAAUAAAACAUUUUAAACCUA